CGGUCCCGGCGUCCCUCGCGGUCCCGGCAGCCUCCGCGGGGCAAGAUGGCCGCGGCCCGGGCGGCCCCGGAGGCGGCGGGGUGCUAGGCCCUACGUCCCUCGGCCUUUCCCGAGGGCCGAAGGGGCCCGGAGAAGUGGGCGCACAGCCCAGCCCAGCAAAUGCGUGUCGGCUUUUCUUGCCGCGGCCGUGAGGACGGCCCAGUAAAGCCUUUGCCCUGAUAGGCAGUUCCAGCAUUUCGCAGCCCCGAUCCGGGACCCCCCGGGGGCUGCGGUGUCCGCGCUCCGACGGAGGGGCGAGGCCGGUCCCUGCGUCCCGACCCGCGCGACCCCGAGCACCCCAUGCCUACGGGCGCGGGGAGGCGUGGCCUCCCCCACGGCAUCCACCUGUGCUGGUUGCUCUGUGCUUUGACCUUAAAGCUCUGCCAAGCCGAGGCUCCGGUUCCGGCGGAGAAGCUGUCAGUGAGCACCUCAAAUUUGCCGUGCUGGCUGGUGGAGGAGUUUGUGGUGGCAGAAGAAUGUGCUCCGUGCUCUAAUUUCCAGGCUAAGACCACUCCUGAGUGUGGCUCCACGGGGUACGUGGAGAAAAUCACCUGCAGCUCAUCUAAGAGGAAUGAGUUGAAAAGCUGCCGCUCAGCUCUGAUGGAGCAGCACUUAUUCUGGAAAUUUGAAGGGGCUGUCGUGGGUGUGGCCUUGGUCUUCGCUUGCCUCGUCAUCGUUCGUCAGCGGCAGCUGGACAGAAAAGCUCUGGAAAAGGUCCGGAAGCAAAUCGAGUCCAUAUAGCGACCUUCUACCCUUUGGUAGGGGUCUUGAGGACCCUGCCUCAGACAGAGACAGUGGGAUGGACGGACUUGCGCCCCUCGUUCUCUGGGAAUUUAUGGUGGCGUUUCCUGUCUAGAGCAUUAACCAGCAAAAUGAGGAGUAGGAUGGUUCCCUUCCCUGCUGUAAUUUGGUUUGGGACAGGAAGUCAUGGCAGCAGACGUGGAAACAGGGUGGCAACUUUACGCCUCAGUUUACCAACUACCUACCUUCCCCUUCUGCUUAUUUAAAACUUUCAGGAUACAAUUUCAGCAAAAAAGUUUAUUUCUCAGCCGAAACCUCUGUUUCCCCUCAACCCUAGCCCGAAAGAAGAAAUAAAGUUACAGAUGUAUAAAGGA